AUGGCCAGCGUGGCCUCAAGCUCCAGAAGGACGCGCGCGUCCGUCGCCGCAUCCACAUCAGCUUCCGCGGCGGCAGCGGCCGAGCGCAUUCAGUAUGACCGCAUGUCCAGAAGGCGCACCACCACCUCGCUUCAACCCGCAAAUACCUACCGCAUGCAGCUGGAAUCUGCUUCCGAACUCGAAGAUGAUGGUGGCAGCAGCAGCAGCAGUCGCAACGACCCCCAGCCAGUGGUGUACAUCCCGGAGCGCCUCGAUGAAGAGGACGAGGACGAUGCCAUGGACGAGGCGCUCGUCCUCGAACAGGUCACCCCGCGACCCAACCGACGCGUCAUGAUCGACAAUGCUCAGCUCGAUACCACCCAGUCCGCGCUCGACCGCUUUCGCGCCACACAAAAGCGUGGCAUUCGGCCCGAGAGGAAAUCGAUCGCCGCACCACCCUCGGCCGUCAGCUCGUCGUCGCGCUCACAGGCUUUCAGGCCCUCGAGGCAGAGCGCGCCGCUCGCACGCACUACGAUCUCGGAGCGGUCCGACUCUCGCAGCAUGUACACAGCGCGUAGCCGACGAUCCGAGCUGUCCGGCACCACCAACAACCGCGCUUCGCGGCGUUCCGCAGUGCUGGACCUCAACGACACUUCGGCAGACGAACCGGCGGGCAACACAACCAUGGCCAGACCCGGGCAGCGCCUUCGUCCGUCGCUGGCGCUUCCAGAUGGGCGCCUCGACGUGCCGACCAUCGAAGAGCGCUGUGCGGCCCUGGUCAUCAACGCAAAAGGCGUGCUCCACUUCUACAUGGACCUCUACACGCUCGGAUGGCGGCCCGAGUCUUUCGACGACAUGAUGCGCAACUGGGCGCCGUUCGAGUCCUACAAGACCAACCAGCUACUCGCAGAGGCGCAGUACAUGCACCACUUUAUCGACAUCGACGAGGUCAAGCGCUCGCUCAACGCGGCAGGCCAGCCGCUGCCGGACGGAUUCGAGGAGGCCAUGAAGAUGGCCAACUGCGCCACGUUUGUGCACUACAUCCACCAGCUGCCCACGCAAGCAGCCGAGUACGGCCGACGCUCCGGACAGCUCGUCACGAGCGCCGACGUGCUGCGUGCGCCGCUGCGCAACAUCAGCGAGCUCAGCGACGCACGCCGCAUCUUUCUGCGCUGGAUUCUACCGUUCGACUGGGAGCUUACCGACGAGGUGCUCAACAUGCUCCUCGACAUGAGCAUCCAGAUCUUCAUCCACCGGCUCGAGCGCAUCGUCCGCGCCGCGAGGGCGGGCGAGAUGUCCGAAGAAGAGGCACGCACCGCCGCGUCGGACCUUCUCAUCGAUCUCAUGAGCGGCGACGUCGUCCGGCAUUCGUUGCAGCGCGUCAAGCGUCAGCGCAACAUUUCCCGCGCCGAGAUCGAGCGCAUGGUGCAGCGCUACGAGACCUUCGCCAACGUCCGUCAGAUCGACCUCCAGGCGAUGGGCUACGACUUUGAAGCCAUGCGCGACAGCUUUUCGUUCGCAAGCAUGUCGGCCGACCUCACUGGAUACGUUCGCGACGUGGUGCGCGAAGUGGAUGCGGGCAUGCAUUCCACCACGUUGCCCUUGAUCAUCGACCGGCUCGCGCGCGAAUCGAGCGUUUUUUCCGAGUCGGACGUGCCUGAGAUCGCGCCCAGCUCUAGCUCUCGAUUCAACGAUGCGUCCAGCGCGAUCGCAGGCCCAACUCAGUCCACGCCCAAGGCGACAGCGCAGGGACCGCAAGCCUCGCAAGCCUUCGCAUCGCAGUACGCCAACUGGCUCGACGACAUGCUGCAAGACGACGAAUCUCAGGCCACCACAAGGAACCGCAGCGCUCAGAACCAGGGUGAAGCCGACCUGACUGCGACGCAAAAGAUGAACGAGCUUGACGCGAUGCUGCAAGAGUCAGGCUCCGAGGUGGCCGCUGCGGCAGAAGCCAGCAGUGUGGAUCUCGACGUUGCAUCGAGCCCGCCGCGAACGAACCAGCUCGGAGCGCGGAUGUCUGCAGCGCUGCACAGCUCGGGCCGCACACACGAGCGCGGAUUGCUAGUGGAGGCUGUCGAGGUAUCGGAGACGAGCGAUGCGACCGGUGGCGGCGAUCUGCGCCGCACGCGCGACGGACCCUUUGACUCGCCGGCCAAGGAGCGCGCCAGCCGCAUCGGCUUCGACAAAAAGAAUCGCCUUGUCCGCCAGGCGGGGCCCGCCGCGCGCAGGAGCGCACGCAUGCUCGACGGCUCGGCCGCAGCCGUGCGCGAGUCGCGCUUCGACUCGCAGGGCGAAGAGGAGGAGGAUGUCUUCCUCGAAAACGCCACGCGCAAGAAAUCACGCGGCAAGAGGAAGGCCAAGGAGGUCACUGAGGAUGGCCCGGCGAAAGCAACUCGCAGCGCAGCCAGCGUGGCGGAAGCUAGCGCGGCGAGUGCGACUCGGCGAAGCACACGGGCGGACAUCCGCAAGAGUUAUGUUACCGAGAUUACGACGGAGGAAGAGAAGGGCGUAGAAUCGGGAGAGCAGCAGCAGGAGGAACAGAAUAAGGGGCAACAAGGGACCGAGGAGGACGAGGACAGCGCAGAUAGCGACGUCAGCGACGACAGCGAGCCGCAGACGGCCCGACGCACCGGAUCGCGCAGUGCGCCGCGCCAGCUGGAGCUCAAGCGCGAAUCUGCCAGCCCGAUCAAGACGCGGGCUCAGCUCAUGGCAUCCGUGCGGCAAGCCAACGACGCGGCCGGGCCGGCUGCCGCCGCAACCACAAGCACGCGAGCCGCGCGAGCCGCUGCACGGGCAGCCGCAUCCGAGGGCGGCGCGACGGGGCUUGGCCGGGGUCUUCCGGAUGACGCUGCGCGGUCAGAUGCACGCAUCCUGUCCACUGCAUCCGGACGGCUGGUGGAGGAAGGCUCGGGCAGCGAGCCGGGCGAUGCGACGCAGGAGCAGGAACGCGCAGAGGGCGUGGACGGCGAGCUCGGCGCGGUUCGAAGCACGCCCGAUGCAAACUUUGUGGGCGACGACGACGGUGCGAUUCUGGACCGGCGUGCGGCACUGGACGCUGCGCUAGCGGCGAGGAGACCGCGUCCGGGCACGCUGCAGUUCUACCACCCGGCGGCGGACGAGGAUGCGGUGCCGCUGCCUCUGGACGAUGCGCCGCCCGGUGGCGAGAAUGUGGACGCGAUUGCGAUGCGCAACGCCGACUCGGUGGCGCAGAUCCUGCACUCGAGCGACGCUGUUGUGCGACGCCGCAUCGGACCGUAUCGACCUGGCGGCACGCGCGACGAGCCGGUGGCUGAAGAAGACGACCCGAUCCGCGGGUCGGAUGACGAGGAGGUGGAUGAGUUGGACGACGACGAGCCGCCGCGACGCACGCGGCCAGCGGGGCGGGGACGACGGGCGCGUUCGGGCACCCAGCGGACCGAGCCGGCUGGGCAAGCGGUGCGCGUGCAGCCAUACAAGCGCAGCAACCUGUACGUGACCGGGCACAACAUGACGGGCCGGGCGUACUGGACGGACAGCGAGGUGAGCUGCCUGCUCUCGAGCCUGCACGAGCUGGCGCGGUACAAGAAGGUGGCGCCCAAGUUCAAGGUGUAUGCCGAGAUCCUGCGGCGGCACGGCGUGCAUGGGAGCGAGAGCACCACGCUGGCGCGCUGGAACAAUGUGCAGCUCAAGGACAAGAGUCGCAACGAGCUGAUGCGGAUGCGCAGGGAAGGGCUUACUAUUCCGUACUGGAAGAGGCUGUUGCAUCCGAAUAUUUGGAAGCCUCCCGUGCAUAGGGUCAGAGACGAGACCGAGGACGUGCCGGAUGUUGACGCGCAGAAUGUACCCCAGGAGGCGGGCGAUGACCAGCCCAACCCGCUGACCAAUGUCGAUUAG